AUGGAGGAGGAACGCAUCUUCUCGGACAUCUAUGGCGGCCGCCUGGCUCUCCAGCGUCGCCACUAUUCUCCUUCCUGCCGGGAGUUCUGCCUCGGCUGUCCGAGGCUCUCCUUGCGCUCGCUCACCGCCGCCACCUGCACAGUGUGGCUGGUGGCCUAUGGGCUCUUCACACUCUGUCAGAACAGUAUGGUCCUUUCUGCUGCUAUCUUCAUCACUCUUCUAGGGUUACUUGGUUACCUCCACUUUGUAAAGAUUGAUCAAGAAACCCUACUGAUCAUUGGCUCUCUUGGCAUCCAGAUGACCUCAUCCUAUGCCUCAGGAAAAGAGAGUACAACCUUCAUUGAGAUGGGCAAGGUGAAGGAUGUUGUCAUCAAUGAAGCCAUUUACAUGCAAAAAGUGAUCUACUACUUAUGCAUUUUAUUGAAGGACCCAGUAGAACCACAUGGGGUAUCACAAGUAGUGCCUGUCUUCCAGAGUGCCAAGCCUCGACUGGAUUGCUUGAUUGAAGUGUAUAGAAGUUGCCAAGAGAUCUUGGCACUCCAGAAAGUCACAUCAGCAAGUCCAUGAGUCUCAUCCAGCAAACUUCUGUGUUGCUUCCUGUCGAGAUAAUUCCAGAUUUUCGAGCCACAGCCAUCCAUUUGUUUUGGCCAGUUCUAAUCAGCAUUGGCACCAUGAGGAAGUGGAGAAAGGGUUGGCCUUGUAGUUAUGAAGACUUAUGUUUAAGUUCUCUCUUUUGCACGUACUGCUCCUGUGAGCCCAGGGAAGUGCCAAACCUCUUAGGGCCUUAGGCAGGGCAGGUAUUCACCUUGGAAGAGGGAGUUCCCUAUACCAGUAUAAUUAGAGGCACAGUCCAAAUAACAACUUUCAGCAAGUCUCAGCCUUGAUGACCUACAUGGACGUCAGGGGGUACAGAGAAAUAGAAUAAAUAAUAUAAUAUCUGGAUUGUAUCCCAUCUUCAAUACUAUUAAUAAGUAUUAGAUUAGACUAGAGGGAAUGAUAGAUUUGCAGAGGGUUUGGGCAAUGCAAAUACUUUGCAGGCAGCUUGGCACACGCAUGGAACUGUGUGGGCUCUCAUUCUGGAAUGGGAGGAAUGCUUAAGAAGGGACACUUGGAUUCCAAGGGAGUCUGUUGAUCUCUGGACACUGAGGAGAGCAGAGGCUUACUUCCUGUGACCAUCUUGGUAUCAAGCUGCAGGAGAAAGAUAAGUUCCUGACUCAACUUGGAGGUUCCUAAAAAUCAAGAAGCCUUCUUAGAUCUUGAUCCUGUGACCCCGGUUCCUAUCUUGAUCAUUUGUUGUGUGUGAGCUGCAAGGACCCGAUCUAUCUAUCCUAAACCAAACCAGAACACCUGGGCUCCAGCCUUUGGGCCUCUAGCCAGCCUGACUAAACUGUACUGUUCUUGUUUCAAUUCAGUGGACCAGUCAGUCAGAUCUAGGUAGUUAGAUUCAUUUUAGGUAGAUAGAGAGUAUAGUGAGAGUAGACCAAUUUAUUGUGACCAAAGAGACCUUUGCAGGUCAGCCUGGGGGUAGGAGUUGAGAAAUAUUAGAGCUAGGGCAUCCAUUUCCCUGGUCCACUCACCCAUCCUGUGUUUUGUACAAUAAAAUAAGUUCUUUGUUUAUAACCUAC